AUGGAGCACCUAGAUUCGCCUGCACAGCUAUGGGAGUGUAAUCACCCAACCAACGGAAAACUGGUAGAACCUUCUAAAGCUAGCAAUUCUACUCCUGGGGAUUUUCUGAAGAGAAAUGAGCACUGUGUCUACCAAAAGACCUAUACGAGAGUGUUCAUAGCAGUGUUACUGACAGCUCAACAUGGAAGCAACCCAAAGUCCACCAGCGGGAGAAUGGAUAAACACAGCGUGGUGCUUUUGUGCAACAGAAUAUUACCCCAAACAAGUGCAGCUACAUGCAUAACACGGACAGAACCCAGAGGCCUGAUGCUGAAUGAGAGGAGCCAGACACAAGAGCACACACUGCAUGAUCCCAUUUUAUGA